AUGGCUGAUAAAAAUUCAAAAACUAUAGAUUUCAUUUACAUAGAGAUUAAAAACUAUUCUCUGGAAUGCAACGAGCUCUGGAGGAAGGAGGAGGACUUGAAACAAGAGCACGCCAGACGGAUAGCUCGUGAUACGUUGCCCAAUAUCUACCAUUUGUCAGCUCCCCGACAAAAGGAAACACCAGCGUGGCGGAUAAAGCAUGGACUGAUUGCGAGAAAAGACCUCAUUCCGGCUAUACAUCAGAACGCAGGACGUGAGGAUCUCUUCAUUGUUACAUUUUUCGUAGAAACGUCUUGUGAAAGUACUAGAUUGAUCAAGCAACAGUCCACAACAGUUUUAGUUCUGGCUUCUUUUGAUUUAUAUAUACGUAGGAUGUAGCACAGCAGCACGUCAGGUUACCAAGAUAUAUCAAAUUACCGCAAUCGAUUAAGAAGCAAUAAUUUUCAUUUAAAAUGUAGUUGAGAGAAUCGUAUCACUACUCCUCUAACAUUGCAAUCUAUCCGUCUGGUGAACAUAUCGAAGUUAGAGGUGCGCCUGUCGGUGCGGCCUCCGAAGCGUCGUGAGCUGGACGUGAUGUUGUGCAGUCCACGCGGUCUCACCGUGUCCGCGGGCGCGGCCGCUGAGCUGCGGGUCAGGUUCACGCCGAGCGACGUGCGAGCUGUGACCGACACGUUGUUGAUACGAGUGUCCAACGGGAAAUGUAUCCUGGAGGGCGGAGUGCGCGCGGGACGUGAUGUGCUGGAGCUAGGCGCGCGCCUGCUGGGGGACGUGCACUGCGCGCGGCUGCUGCUGCACUGUAGCGUGCAACACGCCGACUUCUUCGUACUCACUGAGGACGCUUGGCUCUCCUACUGUCUCGAUUUAUGGAACACUGAACAUAAUGCUUUAGAUCCCCCUUGUGAGGGGGGAUCGUACCAACCCCUGAGAACAGAGGAGGCGCGGAAGAGAAGGGAGGGAGACCGGCGAACUUCUUGA